AUCACGAGGAGGGUAUCAAUCAAAAUUCCCGACUACUUUGACGAUGGCAGCACCUCAGGACGACGUCCGCGCGACCAAGGCCAAGAACCUUCUGUCUUCCAUCACAGCGUUGUCCUUCGCUCAAAGAGAGGAUGAGCCGCUGGUAGACGAACUGUACCAGGCCGAAACAGCUCAUCUGCAGCAGGUCCUGGCUGACCACCAAGUGUUUCGGCUCGUAGUCAAUGGCAACGCGCUUCAAAAGUUCUACAACACGAUGAUCCAGCAGACAAAGGACUCGGCGGCAUUGCGACAAGAAGUCGCGAUGCGCUUCUUGGCUGUGGCUGUCGAAGGCAGCGGCAUGGAAGCAUUGGACCAGCGUGUGCCGAAACUACUCGACGUCGUCUACCACGCACUCAAGCACCAGCACGUGUCCGUGUGUGUUCCUGCGCUGCACAUUCUCACGCAUCUCAUGUUCAACCUCGCGCAUGCGACCGUGGACACGCGGCGACUCGUCGUGGACCAAAUCGGCCGCGUGGUCCCGCUGGUGCUCCAUCACGUUGGCGACGUCGAUCUGAAUGCGGCCUCGGCGCCGUUCUUCAUUGCAUCAUACGAAGCGCUUUAUGUCGGAUGCCAGUCGCUCUCGACUACGUUUCGUCCAUUCGCCAACAAGAUCGAAGCUGCGUGCCUUCCACUGCUGAGCCCCCCUGCCGGGACCUCCACGGAAGUUGCGACUUCGAUCCUUCCUGCCAUGUCCAGCUGCCUAGGCGCUGUGGCACAUGCCACUGCCGUCGACGCCACCACGAGUACGUGGCAGCAGAUUGUGGACCGGGUGGUGCUCACGCUGCAUUAUCAACUGGACGUUUUGGGGGGGAAAGACAAAGCCAGCGACGGGCGCACUCGGCCUGCCGCUCUCAAGCCCUGGCUCAAGGACGCCGUGAUGCCGACGCUGCCGCUGUACUUGCAAGCCCAUCGACUGGUGUACAAGGUCCACGUCCUCACGUCCAUGUUAGCGGGCUUGUUGUCGUCUGCUGCGAUUGCCGAAAAGGACAUUGUGCUCGUCGCCCCCGAUGUCCUGGCCCUACUGCGUCGGGCGUUCUCGCUUCGAGCGGAUGCCGUGGGCAAGCAAAGUGCCAUCUCUGAAGACGGCCGGCAACUGCCCAGCAGUGUCCUGUAUGGCAGUUUGCCGCUGCUGCAGCCCCAUUUCACGUCGUUGUUGGCGUCGCUGGUGACCAGUGGGGGGAUGCCCAUGUUUCGCUUUACAUCGUCGAUUGCAAAGGUUGUCCAAUUGAGUUGCCAGGCCACUGUGCCGUCAGCCGUUCCCAUGCUGCACAAGGCGUUGCAACAGGUCUUGUCUGCGUUGGGCGGCGGCGCGUACACGGCCGUGGGAGGGCUUGUAUUGGCAUGGUCGCUGUCGCAUCUGCAGCACCUGGCGCCGCCGUCGAGCGGCGCGAGUGUCCAACCGGCCAAAGUCGCGACGGCUGUGGCCCAUCAAAGCAACAAGAAGAAGCGCCAGCGGGUGGCGGCAGAAGCCCCCGUCGAAGUCAAGCGGACGUCGCCGUCGAUCCACCAGGUGCAUCAUACCCGCGCGACGACCAACGCCGCGCUGGGCACCGUCGCGACCGUGCUGAGCGUGUGCGGGUCGUGGGUGCCCCCGUCCGAUCGGUUGAAAAUCACUGCCCUCGUGCACGCCAGCCAACGGGACAAGACGUUGGACCCGUCGGUCGUGACCAAAGUGAGCUUGGCCAACGUCGUGGCCCCCGACGCGCAGGGGGCUCGUGGCCUCGCCUUGCCGCAGACCAUGCAGUUCUGGGCGAGACGGACGAGCGGUCCGUGGCGGGAGCUGGCGACGAACGUCGGAGAAAGCAUCUUGCACCCGCGGGCUCCGCCAAUGGCACUUGGGACGUCCAUCAGUGGCGGGGGGGAGCAUGUCACACCGUCAGUCAGUGGGGGGGGGAGCAGUAGCUAUGCGUCUGCCCAACAAGCCAAGCGAUUGGAGGCAGACAUGGAUUGGGACCAACCAGUAGACGAGAGUGAUGACGUGGAGACUGAUGGACGUCAAUAUACAAAGAAGGCCAAGGGAAACGACGAGGAAGAGGACGAGGACGAUAUGGACGACGAGAAGCCAGUGCUUGCCGACGAGGGUGCUGAACAGGACAACGAAGCAGACGUUGCUGUGGAAGUUGCUAGCGAUGUCGACGAACUGGAAUACCAAGAUGAAGCCACUGUGGAGAAUGACGACGUGGUUGAACAGCCCACCGUCGACGUAGCACCGGCAGCGAACGAUGCCGCCGACGACGACGGUGACGAUGACGACUUUCCGGAUAUUGUGGUUGAGGAUGACGAGGCCCAGUAACGUACAUACUGUAGUAACGUCGUACUGUUGCAGUUUUAAUAAUAAUAAUAGUAGAUCCGCCACG